AUAAUUAGAAGUAGUAGUAAAAUUCUCUACCACUAUUUAGUCAAAAAAGAAAAAUCUCUAUACUACUAUAAAUAUAUGUAGCAGCAGAUUAGAAAGAAUACCAUAACUUAAUUAAGCUCAAAAUUUAAGAGGAAUUUUGUGUUUAUUUGAUUGAAGUGAUGGCUCAAGUUUGUUUCCUUGAGGCAAGUAUGCAACUCAAAUCGUGUCCUAAAAAGUUCUAUAACUUCCUCAAGAGCCAAAGCCAAGACAUUCCAAAAAAAGCAGAGAGUGAAAACGUGCAUGGUGUUGAGAUUCACAAAGGGGAUUGGGAGACUCCUGGCUCUGUCAAGAUUUGGAAAUAUACCAUAGAAGGAAAAGAGGAGAUAUUCAAGGAAAGGAUUGAAGUGGAUGAAGUGAACAAGACUAUAACUUAUGUUGCGGUUGGAGGGAAUGUGUUGGAUUCGUUCAAAAACUACAAGGCCAUCGUAGUGGUUGAGAAUGGAAUUUUCAAGUUGAGAAUAGAAUACGAGAAGCUCAAUUAUGAUACCCCACCUCCAAAGAAAUACCAACAAUUUAUCCUUAAUAUUGUUAAAGAUCUUGAUGGAAACUUAGUUAAAGCAUAAUCUAAGUCUAAGUCCGAUAUAAGAAUAAGACUAUCAAAAUAAUCAUCUUAAAUAUUCAAAUAAAUAAAUUUUCUAUUUAAUGAAAAUAUCUCAUGUGAUUCUAUUAUGAAUCAAUAAUCGUAUAGAUUUUAUGGUAUUCAAUUCACAAACUAAUAAUACUUAGUAAUUAGUUAAGAGGAGGAGGAAAUUGUUAGUGUCAAUCAACCUCCUCCAUCAAACUAUUUUGAUGUCUCAAUAAAUUUUGGUGUGUAUCGACUUAUGUGAUAAUCAAGACAAAAUCAUGUAUUUGAAAUUUAGUUUGUUAAUAUAUUUUUGACAAAUUAUUAGUAACUA